CUGCUGGGCACCGAGGAUUAGAACUGCAUCCUCCUGUGGUUUACCAGAAAACGCUCUGCGGCUGGAGCUUCAGCACAGGCUGGGUCUAUCUGUGCCCGGUCUGGUCGGGGACAGCUGCAUGCCUCUUCCGCUUGGGUGAAAACAAAGGCCGGAACCUGAAUUCUGAUCCAAACUCCCUGGCUGGCCAAGCCAGUGUUCCCACCUACUGGGAUGUUAGCAGAGCCCUUUAACUGGCACCCAGGCAUGUGGAAGAUGCUCACAGUGGCGAUGUGUGUGGCCCUUCUGGGCUGCCUGCAGGCCCAGGAGCUCCAGGGACACGUCUCCAUCAUCCUGCUGGGAGCAACGGGGGACCUGGCUAAGAAGUACUUGUGGCAGGGACUAUUCCAGCUGUACCUGGAUGAAGCGGGGAGGGGCCACAGUUUUAGCUUUCAUGGAGCUGCUCUGACAGCCCCCAAGCAGGGCCAAGAGCUCAUGGCCAAGGCUCUGGAAUCCCUCUCCUGCCCCAAGGACAUGGAACCCAGUCACUGUGCAGAGCACAAAGAUCAGUUCCUACAGCUGAGCCGGUACCACCAACUGAAGACGGCCGAGGACUAUCAGGCCCUGAACAAGGACAUUGAGGCACAGCUCCAGCCCAUGGGCCUCCGGGAGGCUGGCAGGAUUUUCUACUUCUCAGUGCCGCCCUUCGCCUAUGCAGACAUUGCCCGCAACAUCAACAGCAGCUGCCGGCCAGGCCCAGGCGCUUGGCUGCGGGUUGUCCUUGAGAAACCCUUUGGCCAUGACCACCUCUCAGCCCAACAGUUGGCCACAGAACUCGGGAGCUUUUUCCAGGAGGAAGAGAUGUACCGGGUGGACCAUUACCUGGGCAAGCAGGCCGUGGCACAGAUCCUGCCUUUCCGAGACCAGAACCGCAAGGCUUUGGAUGGCCUCUGGAACCGGCACCACGUGGAGCGGGUGGAGAUCAUCAUGAAGGAGACCGUGGAUGCCGAAGGGCGCACCAGCUUCUACGAGGAGUACGGCGUCAUUCGCGACGUCCUCCAGAACCACCUAACGGAGAUCCUCACCCUGGUGGCCAUGGAGCUGCCCCACAGCGUCAGCAGUGUGGAGGCGGUGCUGCGGCACAAGCUUCGGCUCUUCCAGGCACUGCGGGGCCUGCAGAGGGCCAGUGCCGUCGUGGGCCAGUACCAGGCUUACAGUGAGCAGGUGCGCAGGGAGCUGCAGAAGCUAGACAGCUUCCACAGCCUGACACCGACCUUCGCAGGCGUCCUCGUGCACGUUGACAGCCUUCGCUGGGAGGGCGUGCCUUUCAUCCUGAUGUCUGGCAAAGCCUUGGAUGAGAGAGUGGGCUACGCUCGGAUCUUGUUCAAGAACCAGGCAUGCUGUGUCCAGAGCGAAAAGCACUGGGCCGCGGCGCAGAGUCAGUGCCUGCCUCGGCAGCUCAUCUUCCACAUUGGCCACGGUGACCUGGGCAGCCCAGCUGUGCUGGUCAGCAGGAACCUGUUCAGGCCCUCCCUGCCCUCCAGCUGGAAGGAAGUGGAGGGCCCGCCCGGGCUCCGCCUUUUCGGCAGUCCCCUGUCCAGUUACUACGCCUACAGCCCCGUGCAGGAGCGGGACGCCUACUCCAUCCUCCUCUCCCACAUCUACCACGGCCGGAAGGAUUCCUUCAUCACCACGGAGAACCUGCUGGCUUCCUGGGGCUUCUGGACGCCCCUGCUGGAGAGCCUGGCCCACACGGCCCCACGCCUGUAUCCUGGAGGAGCUGAGAACGGCCAUCUGCUGGACUUUGAGUUCAGUAGCGGCCGGUUGUUCUUUUCCCAGCAGCAGCCGGAGCAGCUGGUGCCAGGGCCAGCGUUGGCCCCAAUGCCCAGUGACUUCCAGGUCCUCAGGGCCAAGUACCGAGAGAGCCCGCUGGUAUCUGCCUGGUCCGAGGAGCUGAUCUCUAAGCUGGCCACUGACAUCGAGGCCACCGCUGUUCAGGCCGUGCGACGCUUUGGCCAGUUCCACCUGGCGCUGUCAGGGGGCUCGAGUCCUGUGGCCCUGUUCCAGCAGCUGGCCACAGCACACUAUGGCUUCCCUUGGGCCCACACGCACCUGUGGCUGGUUGACGAGCGCUGCGUCCCGCUCUCCGACCCAGAGUCCAACUUCCAGGGCCUGCAGGCCCACCUGCUGCAGCACGUCCGGGUCCCCUACCUCAACAUCCACCCCAUGCCGGUGCACCUGCAGCAGCGGCUCUGCGCUGAGGAGGACCAGGGCGCCCAGCUCUACGCCAGGGAGAUCUCAACCCUGGUGGCCAACAGCAGCUUCGACCUGGUGCUGCUGGGCAUGGGUGCCGAUGGGCACACAGCCUCCCUCUUCCCACAGUCGCCCACCGGCCUGGAUGGUGAGCAGCUGGUCGUGCUGACCACAAGCCCCUCCCAGCCACACCGCCGCAUGAGCCUCAGCCUGCCUCUCAUCAACCGCGCCAAGAAGGUGGCAGUCCUGGUCAUGGGCAGAAUGAAGCGUGAAAUCACCACGCUGGUGAGCCGGGUGGGCCAUGAGCCCAAGAAGUGGCCCAUCUCAGGUGUCCUGCCGCACUCUGGCCAGCUGGUGUGGUACAUGGACUUCGACGCCUUCCUGGGAUGAGGGUGCCUUGUGCCCCUUGCCCACUCUGCUCCUGUGCUUUCCUUUACCUCUGUCUCCCUCCCCUCUUGGCCCCACCACCUGCCCAGCAUGCCCUGGCUCUCCAGACCCUGCUGCCCCACAGUCAGGCCCCAGAGUGGGCAGGACAAGGCCUUGUCCCAAUGCCUUUGACAGGCAGCUCUGUCUAGUGGUGGAUAGAUGCAGAAACAAAGAAGAAAUGGAAUCUGCUCCUGAGAAGCUCCAAAUCCAAGCCAGGAGAGAAGCCUUAAGAAAAGCCCUGCAGCAGUCGCACAUUCCCAUCAGCCAGCACAACGCAGGGUGGCGCCCAGCUCCCGUGUUCACAGGAGGAGACGUGGUGGGCUGAGGUUAAUCAGGGAAGGUUUCCUGGGGAAGGUGGUCCUUGAAUUGGCUCCUGGGGAACAUUCAAAGAGCAUGAUUGGCAGACAGAAGGGUGCAGAGGUACCCAGAGGAGUACAUUACCCUGUGCAAGGCAAGGGCACUGGGGACCGUCUUGAGACCUUGAAGGGGUCAAGCCCCUCCUUCCCCAGCUGCCCCUUCUAGAACCUCUGCACAUCCAGCCUCUCUCCCUCCUCUUUGCUGCCUCACUCGCUGUCCCUCUCUCCUCUAUUCUGGCUGUGCAGUGGGAAUUCCAGUCUCCUGCCUGCGUCUUUGCUAUUCCUCAGGCUCCAUUUAUAGAGAGAUGAGGGCUGAUAACCAGAAUACAGCAGCAAAGAUUAGGCGAUGUAAAAGGUUCCAGAAUUUUUUUUUUUUUAUUAAAAAAAUUAUUUGCAGAGAUGAGCUCUUGCUAGUUGCCCAGGCUAGUCUCAAACUCCUGGGCUCAAGUGAUCCUCCCAUCUCAGCCUCCCAGAGUGCUGGGAUUACACGUGUGAGCCACUGUGCCCGGCCCCAGAAAUCUGAGUGCUGUCUGGAGCUCCCUUUCUCAGCUGAUGACCUGCUCUGUGUGGGGAGGUGGGGUCUUACGCCCCCAGCUUUCUUGGGGAGGACCCCCGACCUCCGCUGCUCCUCUGUCCUGCUGGUCUUCCUCCAUGAAGCACGCUGGGUGCACAUAAUCAGGCCAUCCUGGGGAACUCCAAUUUAAGAGGGUCAGUUACAUCUCAGGGAACUCCCGGGUGGAUGUUCCACUCUCAGUAGCCCAUCUUGUUUUACCAGAAAAGAUGCAGUUAAAUCACCCACUGAGGUGGCAGCUUAUUAGUGGGAAGACAGAUGGAGCAUCAGGUGACACAGGCCAUCCAGGCGGCUCUGCUCCCACCAGACAGGAGCCAGGCCUCACUGGCGGGACGGCUGCCCACAGCCCUUCAGGGGCUCACUUGGCGGGUGACAGGGCUGCAGCCAGGCCUUCUCUCCCUGCCCCUUGGUGGCCCUGUGACUUCCUGUCUGCUGUCUCUCCUGCCACCUCUCACCUCACCACUAACACUGCCGAGACCAGGGAAGUAAGUGGGUAGCUUCUUCAUAAGCUUAGGUUGGGGACUGUGGUCUUGAGAAGCCACAGGCCAGCAAUACCUGCUUUUCUGAAACCCCCAAGGAGGGCUCUGACAUUCUUUUAAAAAACAACACAAAGCAAAAUUCCCAGGACACGUGUAGUUUUAUUUGUUCAACAUCCCACAGUCAAGGGUGGGAGAUAGAACUCUUGGUUAAGGGCGAGUUUUCUGUCUGGCUUCUCCCCCACCUCACGAUUGUACCCGAUCAGGCAGUUACAAAAUUUCUACCGCAUUUUCAGAGAGGGCCUUCCUGGGUGAGGGAGCAUGGUGAAAUUAGUUUCUCUCUGGACUAUUUACACUUCGAGGCUAUGGAUUUCAACGAAUCCUGACUUUCAUUUGCAAUGCCGGCCUGAGACCUGGUUCCCAAGCCGGGGCUCUUGUUCAGACUGUUGUUCAGACUGCUUACUCUGGCCGCCAACCCAGGCCAGAGAGAGAAUCUUUCUCUUUCUCUCUCUCUCUCUCUCUCUCUCUCUCUCUCUUUAAAGA